AUGUCGCGCCGUUUCAACAACACCGGCAGAUAUGUGGCGGAUCCAGCCAACUCCAAAUCCGGUGCUCAAGCCUUCGAGAAAGGAGACCCUUCGGACAAACGACUCGAAACCUCUCUCUUCAAUGACAAGAUCGAUGCCAGAUACGGCUUCGAGAGAUGCACUGAAGCCACGGAACGAGUGGGUUUCAUGGUGAACUUCCAAGCGACAGAGAUCUUGGAUGAAGACAAGCGCCUGAUUGCCGCCCUCGAUUGCUAUUUCUUGGAAGAGAAUGGGACUAGAUUCAAAAUAUCCGUGCCAUUCAAGCCGUACCUUUACGUCUUGGUGGCAGGAGGGACCGAGCAAGAGAUCUCGUCGUACCUUCUGAGGAAGUAUCAGGGCUAUCUCUCUGUGUGUGAGAUGGUCAUGAAAGAGGAUCUCGACCUGUUGAACCAUUUAUCCGGUUUGAAGCAACAGUAUAUAAAAUGCACGUUUUCGAACACGACCGACCUCCAGAAGGUUCGGAGGGAACUGUUGCCUAUCGUGAAGAAGAACAAGCUCGACAAGACAUCGGCGGCUGGCGCUAACUCAGAUGUCCUCAAAAAUAUCCUGGACAUGCGCGAACACGACGUUCCGUACCAUGUGCGAGUCAGCAUCGAUCUCAAAUUGUUCGUUGGACUAUGGUACACCGUCAAAGUGCAGCAUUCAAAAAGUCCAAUCAUCACCCGAAAGCAAGACCUGCUCGCUACGCCGGAUAUAUGCGUCCUGGCCUAUGACAUAGAAACCUCGAAACUGCCUUUGAAGUUUCCUGAUUCGGCGUCCGAUCAAAUUAUGAUGAUAUCGUACAUGAUAGACGGUCACGGGUAUCUCAUCACGAACAAAGAGAUCGUCUCAGAAAAUGUGGAAGAUUUCGAGUACACGCCAAAACCCGAGUUUCAAGGUCAAUUCACCAUAUUCAACGAAGAGAAUGAAAACGCUCUACUCGUGAAGUUCUUCGACCAUAUUCUCGACGUACAGCCACUGGUCAUCGCCACUUACAAUGGUGACAAUUUCGACUGGAUGUUUGUCGAAGCCAGAGCGAAUUUCCACAAACUAGAUAUGAACAAAUACGUUGGUUGGAGUAGAGGUCGAGAGGGUUUCUAUCUCAGUAGAGCUUGCAUACACAUGGACUGUUUGCAUUGGGUGAAGCGAGAUUCUUAUCUUCCGGUGGGGAGUCAGAAUUUGAAAGCGGUAGCGAAAGCUAAAUUAAGAUACGAUCCGGUGGAACUCGACCCGGAACUCAUGGUAGCCAUGGCGCAAGACAACCCUCAGGUGCUGGCUAACUACUCGGUGUCCGACGCUGUGGCAACGUACUAUCUCUAUAUGAAGUACGUACAUCCGUUCAUCUUCGCUCUUUGUACCAUCAUUCCGACCCAGCCGGACGAAGUUUUACGGAAGGGAUCUGGAACUCUCUGCGAGUCCCUGCUCAUGGUCAAGGCAUUCGAGGCCGAGAUAAUCUACCCCAACAAACAAGAGAACAUAUUCAACAAAAUAUCCGAAGACGGCCAUGUUCUGGAUCAAGAAACCUAUGUUGGAGGUCAUGUGGAGGCUCUCGAAUCUGGAGUUUUUCGAGCAGACAUUCCAUGUCGGUUCCGGCUGGUGCCUCAAGCCUUCCAAAAGCUCAUCGACGAAGUCGACGAAACCAUGAAGAGGGCUAUCACCGUUGAGGAGAGCAUUCCGUUCGAGUCAGUUCAGAAUUUCGACGAGGUCUGCACAGAUAUCAAAACAGCUCUGGCAGGCCUUCGGGAUUGCCCAAAUCGGCUGGAAAAACCGAUCAUUUACCACUUGGACGUGGGCGCGAUGUACCCGAAUAUUAUUCUUACGAAUCGACUGCAACCAUCUGCCAUGGUGGACGUGGCCACCUGUGCCGCUUGCGACUAUAAUAGACCCGGCGAAAGAUGCCAGCGGACAAUGGAAUGGACCUGGAGGGGCGAGAUGAUGCCGGCCACGCGUGCGGAGUUUCAGAGGAUUCAGCAGCAGUUGGAAACCGAAACCUUUGUAUCGCCGAUCAAUCCGAAAAAGAGAGUUCCUUUCCACGAGCUUUCCGACGAAGACCGAGCCGCGAUCGAGAAGAAGCGUCUUCAGGAUUAUUGUCGGCGAGCCUAUUCGAAAAUUCGCGUAACGAAAACUCAACUCAAAAAAACCACAAUCUGUCAGAGAGAGAAUUCUUUCUAUGUCGAUACUGUGCGACAAUUCAGAGAUCGGCGCUAUGAGUUCAAGGGACUCCUCAAAAAGGCCAAGGGGUUGGUGAACGAGGCGGUGAAACGGGGAGACGCAGCUGAAAUAAAGUCAGCGAAGAACCUAGAAAUCCUAUAUGACUCUCUGCAACUGGCUCACAAAUGUAUCCUCAAUUCAUUUUAUGGAUACGUGAUGCGGAGAGGGGCCAGGUGGUACUCGAUGGAAAUGGCAGGAAUAGUUUGUCACACUGGUGCGGGUAUCAUCAUGAAAGCUCGAGAAUUGAUCGAGCAGAUCGGCCGGCCGCUGGAGUUGGACACGGACGGGAUCUGGUGCGUUCUACCAGCGUCGUUCCCGGAAAAUUUUGAGAUUCGCAGCUCAUUCGAGAAGAAGCCGAAAGUUGUGAUCUCAUAUCCUGGGGCGAUCCUGAACAUAAUGGUGCAAAAACUUAACACGAACGAUCAAUACCACGAGCUCGUGGACCCGGUGAAGAGAAAAUACGAAAUUCGAGAAGAAAACUCGAUUUUCUUCGAGGUCGAUGGGCCCUACCUGGCUAUGGUCCUCCCCGCUAGCAAGGAGGAAGGGAAAAAACUCAAGAAGCGGUACGCUGUAUUCAACUUCGACGGCUCUCUCGCUGAGCUCAAGGGCUUCGAAGUAAAACGACGUGGGGAAUUACAGCUGAUAAAAAUCUUCCAAUCCUCAGUCUUCGAAGCCUUCCUGAAAGGCGAAAAUUUGGAAGAAUGCUACGCAUCAGUGGCGAAGAUCGCCGACUACUGGCUUGACGUGCUGUAUUCGCGGGCUUCGACGAUGCCCGACGAAGAACUUUUUGAUCUGAUUUCCGAAAAUCGCUCCAUGAGCAAGAAGCUCGAAGACUACGGCGCUCAGAAGAGCACAUCCAUAUCGACCGCCAGAAGAUUAGCCGAGUUCCUUGGAGACCAGAUGGUGAAAGACGCGGGACUUUCGUGUCGCUACGUCAUCGCUAAGAAACCCGAAGGCGCUCCAGUCACUGAAAGAGCGAUCCCCCUCGCAAUAUUCCAUGCUGAACCAUCCGUUCGUCGCCAUUUCCUGCGGAAAUGGCUGAAGUGCUAUGGCGAUGACGACUUGGAUAUCCGAUCAAUUCUUGAUUGGACCUACUACAUCGAGAGACUCGGGUCAGCAAUCCAGAAAAUCAUAACGAUCCCAGCAGCGUUGCAACAGCUGAGGAACCCCGUUCCCAGGGUACCUCAUCCAUCAUGGCUUCACAAGAAGCUACUCGAGAAGGACGACGUCCUCAAGCAAAAGAGGAUAAACGAAUUGUUCACUGCCAAGGAAAAAGAUAUAGAGGAUAUGUGCGGUGCAGCUACGCCCAGCUAUAUGGCGCCGGUUAUGGCUGUCAGUCACAAACGAAGUCGACACGAGGACGCGGAGAACAUCGACAAAAACUGGAGGGAAAUUCUCGGACCACCGCCGUCUAUUGGUGAAACGAGCGAAGAUUUCGACAAGUGGUUGACCUUCCACAAGAAUAAGUGGACCCAUCAGAAACUACAGAGAGAUAGACUCAAGAAACUGGCGAAACGGAACAAAUCGAAUUCUGCCCCGCUCGCGGCGCCGGGUGCUGAGUCUCAACCGCCUCUGAAAAGAGCGAAGACUUGCUCCGGCCUCAAGUCAAACACGCUCGGAGGGUUCUUGAAGAAAGCUCAGCAGAAUCUCCUGAACUCGACCUGGCAGAUCGUUCAGAUAGUGCCCGCGGGCGAAGACGGCGUCUUCAAGGUGUGGGUCCUGAUAGGGAAUUCCGAGUUACGCCAAGUCCGCGUCGGAGUACCCCGUAUAUUCUAUGUCAAUCAGCGGGUACCGAAAGACACGGAGGAAACUACGAUUUAUCGUAAAGUUAUGCGUCAUUUACCCCGAGCGCAUCCCGUUCAUCAUUUGUAUGAAUACGCCAUUGACGAGUCCGUCUACAUCAACAACAAUGAUGACAUUGCCGCCGAGCUCGGUAAUCCUUAUAUCGAAGGCAUCUACGAAACUCAAGUGCCUCUGGACUUCCGACUCAUCGUCAGUCUCGGUUGCUUGACGAAGCUCGACAAGCGAUUUUACAGACAAUAUGCAGCUGAAAGCAGCGACUUCUUCGACUUGCGCCACCUGGAAAUGUGUACUCUCGCAGAAACGGAUUACCUCGAAGGAAACCAUGUCAAGUAUAUCUUCCUCUACCAAAACCGAGAGGGUCACAAGCAGGUGUAUGCGCUCUUCAUCCCAUCUGUCAAGAAAGCCUGGCUGAGUGUGGUGGACUCCGUCGUCACCGAUCAGCUACCUAAUCUCAACGUGGUGUACAACCAGGAGCGAGAAGCCAAAAUCGCUCGAGGCGCAAUGGAGAGUCUCGUUCCGGACCCGGGUUACGUAUUCGAGUCCUCGGCCACAUCCGACGUCCGUUCAGUACACAAGUUGAUCCAGAAGCACCUGCAGCAAUUCCUCGGCGAAAAACGCGGACCAACGAUUCUCGUCGUUCAGAGCAGAAUUUCAAACGAAGAUUUAACUGUUUUGAUGCCUCAAACCUGCGAGUUCCCCAUAGUCCGUCUCCACGUUCAAGAUUCGAAGAUGCUCGAUCAUUUACAAUGGCAACGCGUCGGAUCCAAGGCAGCGAUAAGACACUUCCUCAACGUCCAGACGAUUCUGACAACACAACUCGAACAGUGUCGGUACCUUCACGUGCCGCUCGGGAACCUGCCCGCGGACGCGACAAGAUUCGGUUGCGACGUGUUCUACGCUCGCAAUCUAUUGAAACAGAACUUCCUCUUGUGGUGCUCGAGGUCGGAUCGACCCGACCUCGGGGGCAAGGAAGCCGACGAUAAUCGCAGCAUCGAACACGAUCUAUGUCUCCAAGUCAACAACGAAGGAAUGUACACAACGACAUGCGUCGAACUCGACCUUCAAGGCAUUUUCGUAACCACCAUACUCCAAGCGCAUACUCUGGCAGAGCUCGAGGGUAUCUCCAGCAACAUCGCGUUCGAUGCCGUUCAAGCCCAGACGGUGCAAGACAUGGUCUCAGGCGGAGAUCAGAUGGGCUCCAAUGUAUCCGGCUACGAUGAAUCGUCACAGUGCGCGGGUGCUUUCAGAAUAUUGCGACAGAUGGUGUCGGCCUUCAUGAAAGAUGUAGCCGUAUACCAAAAUAUAUUCGCCGACCAGCAACUAUCGCAUCUCUUCCGCUGGCUCAAAGAUCCACACUCGUUGCUGUUCGAACCGUCUCUCAAACGGAUACUCGAUAAUCUAAUUUCCAAGAUGUUCAAUCAACUAGUGGCCGAGUUCCAACGUCUCGGCUCGCACAUCGUCCACGCGAGCCUGUCGAAGAUCAUUCUGUGCACGAAGAGAAAAACUAUCGAGGACGCUUCCGCCUACGUCGAGUUCGUGGUGAACUCCAUGCGCAACAAAGAGCUCUUCCAUAGUGUUGACUUUAGCGUCAAACAGGCCUAUAAAAUCCUCUUAUGGAUGGAUCCCUCGAACCAUGGAGGUGUCCAGAGGACCGCGGACGAUUCGGAGGACGAGGUCCGGAUGCUCUGGAACAUGAGCAAAUUUCUGUCUACGCCUUCGUUGACAGAGAGCUUCAACAUGACCGUCGGCGGAUACAUAAACGCCCUAUUCCAGCAUCUAGAACAAACUCCACCUGAGCAAAAUUCCGUAGAGUACAUACAAACUCUAAUCAGGGAGGAAUUCUCGCAGAGUUUGAUGACGUUGACCCACAAGCUGCACGAAAAGUAUCCGACGGGCGAAUUUCCGAAGAAUGCUCUCAUGAAACACACUGUUGCACGGGUAUAUUCGCCAUCCUUGGAGUUCGUCAAGAUGAUAACAAGGGUACUCUCCGUCGACCAAAACAUAGCCCAGUUCGUUAACAGCAAACUGAAACGUGAUCUGCUGAAACUUUGCGGCGGGGUGGGCGCCUUCUCGGAGAGCGCCAUUUGGCACGACCCGUGUCUCUCCUUCGUGCUAUCACAGGUCAUAUGCACACAGUGUAAUUGCGUGAGAGAUCUAGACGUCUGUCGAGACACGUAUACGGCAAACGGACAGUGGUUCUGUCCUCAAUGCGAGUCAUUGUACGAAAUGGCCUACAUCGAGAGUCUGAUGGUUGACUCGCUGCAAGUUAUCAGCGCUCGGGAAGUUCUUCAAGAUCUACAAUGCACGAAGUGCAAUAUGGUCAAAGAGAAGAAUAUGAGCCGCUACUGUGAAUGUGCCGGUUAUUUCAAGAAUAUGACAGAAGUUCAAAACACUAAAGAGCUCUUGGACACGUUCGCAACAAUCGCCACAGCGUUCAAAAUGGACAUUCUAUUGGAGCACGUGAAAUGGACGCGCUCCGUGAACCAGUGCGAUUAGAGCUCAUGACGGGACUUUGAACUUA